AAGCACUGCGUCCACGCAAGCGUGUCGGCUCGCGCUUCUAUGCUCGGUCCCAUUGGCUGGCUGGCAGAGCCGGGAGUCCUGAUUGGCCCAUGGCCUGAGGCGACAGAUUCCGGAAAGGGGAAGAGCAGCCAAUAUGGCGGCGGAGCGCAGCGCGGGGCAGCAACAGUCGCAGGAGAUGAUGGAGGUUGACAGGCGGGUUGAAUCUGAAGAAUCCGGCGAUGAGGAAGGGAAGAAGCAUGUCGGUGGCAUCGUGACAGACCUCAGCGAGCAGAGCCUGAAGGACGGAGUAGAACGGGGGGCGGAGGACCCAGAAGAGGAACAUGAGCUGGCAGUGGAUAUGGAAACCAUCAGCCUGGACCGAGAUGCAGAGGAUGUUGAUCUGAAUCACUAUCGCAUUGGAAAGAUUGAAGGCUUUGAGGUGCUGAAGAAAGUGAAGUCACUGUGCCUCCGUCAAAACUUAAUUAAAUGCAUUGAGAACCUGGAGGAACUGCAGAGUCUUCGAGAACUGGAUCUCUAUGAUAAUCAGAUCAAGAAGAUUGAGAAUCUGGAGGCGCUGACAGAAUUGGAGAUUCUGGAUAUUUCUUUUAAUCUGCUGAGGAACAUUGAAGGGAUUGACAAACUGACGCAGCUGAAAAAACUCUUCUUGGUCAACAAUAAGAUCAAUAAAAUUGAGAACAUAAGUACCUUACAUCAACUGCAGAUGCUGGAGCUGGGCUCGAACCGCAUCCGGGCAAUUGAAAAUAUCGACACAUUAACCAACCUGGAGAGUUUGUUUCUGGGGAAAAACAAAAUUACAAAACUUCAAAACCUGGAUGCACUUACGAACCUAACAGUCCUCAGUAUGCAGAGCAACCGGCUAACAAAGAUUGAGGGUCUGCAGAGCUUGGUGAACCUGCGUGAACUAUACCUCAGCCAUAAUGGUAUCGAGGUUAUCGAGGGCCUGGAGAACAACAACAAACUCACCAUGUUGGACAUUGCAUCAAAUAGGAUAAAAAAGAUUGAAAAUAUCAGCCAUCUAACAGAACUGCAAGAAUUCUGGAUGAAUGACAAUCUCCUGGAGAGCUGGAGUGACCUUGAUGAGCUGAAGGGUGCCAGGAACCUGGAGACCGUGUACCUGGAACGCAACCCCCUGCAGAAGGACCCACAGUACCGGCGGAAGGUCAUGCUGGCCCUACCCUCCGUACGGCAGAUCGAUGCCACGUUCGUCAGGUUCUGAGUCCUCUUGCUCCUCACCUGGUCCCUCUCCUCGAAAGAACUUCCCAGCCACGGUUUUUUAAUCUACCUAUUGCUCCUGAAGUCGUCACUAUACCAACAGUCACAACCCAAUGGCAAUAAUGAGGCACUGGUGGUAGCUGGCCUGUGAUGCCACACACCAUUUGGAGAUGCCAACACUAUUAAAUCUUGCCACGCGGUCUUCCUGGUGAAUUGGUGACGGUUAUUGUAGCCAUGGAGAGAAUGCAGGACAUGUUACAGCCAUUUGUUCUUCCUGUCUGUCUAUGCCCUUAGCCUGGCGGGCAUUCUGGGCUUCCCCAGCAAGCCCUCAAAUCAGUUUGCAAGGUUUAAGCAGUCAUGACCCACAACAGCACAUUUGAUAGUCUUUCAGACCAAUUUUGGAAAGAAAAAAUUAUAUUUAAAAAAAAAAAAUGAGUAAAAGGUGGUCCGAUCUCAGAUGCUGUAAUCCUCAGAGCCUUGCCAUCAUGAGUGAUGGCUGAGCACACUGGGCACUGUGUGACCUUGUUCCCAGCCUUCCCAUCAUGAGUGAUGGCUGAGCACACUGGGCACUGUAUGACCUUGUUCCCACUGGUAAAAGUUGAGAUAUGGAGAGCUUCACUCCAUACCCCCAGCUCUGCUGAACCUAAGUGAUUCUCAAAAACAUAUGAAACUAAGCUCUUGGCCACUAGUUACUAGUCAGGUGGCCUCCUAUUCUCAUCCAUGAUCCUCUGGCCUUAUUUAUAUGAAAUUUCUCUGAGCAAACCGCUAGGGCAUGAAUCUAAUGCUGCAAGGGCAUUGUCAUCCCUUGGCACCUCAGAUCUCCUCUUUCUCACAGUAAGGACUGAAUAUGGUCACCAAAGGCCCCUCAGCUUCCAGGAUUCUCAUUCUGCACUGUCAAAGAUGGGGCCCCUAACUACCACAUGCAGCAGUUAACUGUUCAUAGCUAAGUCCGUUGACUCUAUUUUAUCUCUUCUUUUGUGCUCACACUUCAUCUAUUCAGAGGCCACAUCUAAUGGGAGGCGUCCCAUUCCCAUCAUCACAGAAGGUUCUAGAGACAGCACUGAUCUAGACUAUGUUCAGUAUCAGGGGACAGUGUGCCUUGAGCUGUUAAGCAUGUGCUCAGGUGGCCAAGCUAACUGGUUGGCCAACUGCCUAGGAGUUUCCAAUGUCAGAAUGCUUACAUGGGGUUUAACAUCCAUUUCCUGAUUCUAAUUCUCACCGAAAUAAACUGUAUGAUCUGAA